AUGGCCGAGAGGACACAAUUUGCAGAUGGCAGUGGAAUAGGCUCCAGAGCCUCCUCUCUGGGAGCAAGCAUCUCUUACAUAGAUGAUGGCAAGUCCAUGCCUGCGACAAAGCCUCGUGAUAGGCGGCGACGGCACAGAGUGAUCACUUCAUGCUUGGAAUGUAGACGGCGCAAGCUGAAGUGCGACAAGGGGGAAGUCUGUCUCAAUUGCAAAUCUCAUGGUCGGCAGUGUGUUUAUAUGUCAACGGCUGCCGACGAUUCUCAUAUUCGUCGGAAGAUUACCCAGAUGAAAGAUGCCAGGGAUUCGUUGGACCAGGUUUUGGUAGGAACUAGUAACAAAGAAACCGCACAGAGAAAGCAAUACAAGCGAGACCAGCUUUUGCAAAACUCCAAAACCCCCAUUGUAGCCAUCGAAGAUGAGCUCGACGAUGAUAGUCGCGAUUCCGAUGGCGAGGAUUUUCUUGAACCGACGCCUCUAGCCAUUCCAGAUGCGGCUUAUGCCGGAGACGAAAGAGAUGAGCUCGACGAUCUUGGAUUUUCCUUUGGUCGAAUGAGACUCGGGGAGAGGGUUGGGGGAUUAUUCCGUCCAAGAAUCGCAGACGAGCUCGGCCAAUCGCUCCAUAGCCAGCCUUUUAGAAGUACUGCUGCUGCAAAUGUCUCAAAAAACCAACCUAAAGGAGAUGCUUCGUCGAGUCGCAGCACCCCCGAACUCACUUUUGUGCCGUCCAUGGCUAUAAUAUUUGGCGCAGGGCCAUCCAAUGACGAAUGGACCACAUUACUUCCUCCAAGAGCCGUUUCUGAUGCACUUCUAAAUCACUACUGGGUGUCUGUUCAUCCAGUAGCAAGGACCUUGCAUAGACCAAGUUUCGCGCUACGUUACGAGACCCUCUGGGAAUUGAUGGAUGGUAGAGAGCACAUACCUGCCUCACUCGGGGCAAUUGUAUUUUCAGUCUUGCUCGCUUCGGUUAUUAGCAUGUCUGCCGAUGAUGCCGUUACACGGUUUCAUACCUCUAAACAGGAGAUGAGCAACUGUCUGCAACUUGGCACCGAGCUGGCACUUAGUAAGAGUAACCUGCUGAGAUCAAACAAGAUAGAGGUUCUCCAAGCUUUAGUUACAUACUUGCUCCCGGCAUGCGUUGAAAUAUCUCGUGCUCAUUCUGCGUUGGUCGGUAUGGCCAUUCGGUUGGCCGAAUGCAUGGGUUAUCAUCGAGACCCUGCUGAAUAUGAUUUCUCCCCAGUGGAUUGCCAGGUGCGACGAUUGAUAUGGUAUCAAAUCUGCUACUUGGAUUUGAAAACAAGCGACGUCCAAGGACCACGGCCCUUCAUCCAGUCGACCGGCUAUUCGUGCAAACUCCCUCUCGAUAGCAACCUCCAUGCUUCUCCGCCUUCUAUGGUUUCUGGACCGGUGACAAGGUGGAACGACUUGGUAUUCUCGGCGAUCAGAUUUGAAUGCCAGGAAAUGCAACGUUCUUGUCUACUACUGUGUAAACGGGUCGACCUUAAGAAGUUGAGUCUUACGGAAGCCGUCUCUCGGGUGGAAAGAUUCAAUAAGGAAAUUCAUCGAAAAUACGAUGCAGCCCUAAACGAGGAACCCCAGCAGCCUCUACAGAAUGCCGCCCGCCUGGUAAUGAAACUUUUCACCAGUCUCCUCUACCUUACACUCCUGCAUCGGUACAUGAAUAGUGUUACCUACAGUAUUCCAGACCGUUUGCGUCAAAUUGUCUUAAUAAAGGGCACUGAAGCGCUUGAAGCUGCAGUUGAACUGGAAACUGCAUCCGAUUUACAUCAGUGGGCAUGGUACUGCCCUGCCUAUCAGCGGUACCACACGGCACUUUUGUUGCUGUUUGAAGUCUUCACUUUUCCGCUGCGCAAACAUGCAGAUCGAAUCUGGCAAUGUCUUGACUUUAUCUUUGCCGGUCCAUUGGCCAGUUUGAAGGACCUGCCUACCUUAGAAACCCAACCAAAGUAUCAUGAAAUCCUCGCCCAAAGAGAAACAAAAGGGCGGUACCUCCUGGGUAUUAUUACAGAAGGCAUGCAGGAAUAUCGCAGUCAGAGAGGUUUGAGAUUGCCUGUCUCAAUAACGGAGUCCAUGAUUAUCAUUUCCCCUAGAAAGGCUGGUGACGACUCUGAUCCUACUCUACCUCUGAAUUAUGCCUAUGAACGGCCACCAGUGGAGCAAAAUUCCACUAUAUUUGACUCGAUUUCUAGAGGAAAUGCUAUAAGACCGACUUCAUAUGGCCAAGAGAUCCUUUUAGAACAACAAAAUCCAACCGAUACCGAAAAACUGCCACAAGCGCCCUUGGUCCCUGCUACAGAAGAGGGUCUAUUUGGAAUUACUACGAAUUGUGGUGACCUUUACAACCCUCUGCUUGAUUCUACUCACUUAAAUCCGAGUUUGCACCCGAGUGCAAUGGGUUCCCAGAGUGCUUCCAUGUCGACGUACACUCCUCAAACCAGCGGUGAUGGGGAUAACCAGGAAAUGCUAGACAUUAAUUGGGAACUAUGGGAUUCGAUGUUUCCACCGGGGGUUUUUGAUGGCCAUCUCGAUCUUUCUGACAUCGAUAUGCAGGAAUAUGCAGUUCUUUGA